UCUUUCUGUAGCCAGCCACUAACAAUGCAGUUCCCUACUGGAAAAAUUCUCUUAUAUUUUCUCAUAAUCCCAGUUAUUAAUUCCCACAUAUUAAUAGAUAUUCUAAAGCAUACCAACAUAAAGAAUGCCCUAAUUUACGAUGGGAUGACAAUGUUGGAUAGAGUAACUUAACAAAAAAGAUUGUUUAAAAAUGGUAUAGCCACAAGCAACUUGAAAUUAGAUACUGAUGUAGCUUUUACUGAUCUCACUGUGUCGCAAACCAAAACUGCUGUAGUGCUAAACACUUCAUAUUCUGGCUGGUUCAAUGUUUUAGAAACAUCUGAUUACGAACACAGUUUUCGACACCCAUUCCUAUGGCUAAUAUUCACUGCUGACUUAGAAGAUACAGCUGCAAUCCUAUCCAAAUACCCCAUUGAAGUGGAUUCAUCUGUUCUAAUAAUAACAAAAACUGAUGAAAACAGUUACCAACUGUACGAAGCCUACAAUACAGGGUUUUAUACCCAUGGGACUUUUGUAGUCAACAGUGUUGGCACCUGGAACAACUCUAGGCUUCACAUGAAGGAGUCUAGACGGACUAACAUGACUGGCGUGGUACUGAAGUGCAUGGUGGUGGUCACCCAAAUGCUGACCAAUGAGACGCUGCCUACAUUCCUGGAGCAGUCUCGCCCUUCUGGGUUCGACUUGCUGCACAAGAAGAAGUAUUUCACACUGCUCAAGUAUUUGCGCGAUAUGUACAAUUUUAGUUACGAGCUGAAGCGGACGACCUCGUGGGGCUACCUGAACGAGUCGGCGGGCGGCGCGUUCGACGGCAUGAUCGGGGCUCUGCAGCGGGGAGAGAUCGACAUAGGCGGGUCGCCCGUGUUCUUCCGGGCUGAGCGGUUCAAAGUGCUUGAUUAUUAUAUGGAGACUUGGCGGUCGAAACAAUGCUUCAUAUUCCGCCACCCGAAGCGCGUGGGCGCAUUCUACACCAUCUUCACCCGCCCGCUCUCCACAUCCGUGUGGUUUAGCACGGCGCUGCUGCUGGCCCUCUCCAGCGCCAUGCUGGGGCUGCUGCUGCGGACGCGCGCGCUGCGGACGAGGGGCGACGACGAUGAUGAGUCGAUGAGCAUCGCGCUCCUGUCCAUAUGGAGCGCGGUUUGUCAACAAGGUAUGACCGUACAACGCAACUCGUCAGCCGUAAAGCUAGUCAUAUUCAGCACGUUUGUGUUCUCCCUGACGCUGUACCAGUAUUACAACGCGGUGGUGGUGUCGACCCUGCUGAGAGAGCCCCCCAAGAACAUCCGGAGUCUGGAGGAUUUAGUCAAGAGUGACCUGAAGACCGGGGUUGAAGAUGUGCUGUACAAUAUUGACUUUUUUAGACACACUACUAACCCGAUUGCCAUUCAACUUUACAAUGAAAAAGUUGUGACUCACAACCAGAGGAACUUUUUCAAAGCGGAUUAUGGCAUGGCCCGAGUGAAACAAGGCGGCUUCGCCUUCCACGUGGACAGUUCCUCAGGCUACCGCAUCAUGCGACGCACCUUCGUGGAGAGAGAGGUGUGCGAGGUGCAGGAGGUGCCGUUGUUCCCGCCUCAGAACAUGGUUGCGACGGUCAAGAAGGGGUCGCCGUAUAAGGGUAUCUUGGCUUACGGGCUCCGCAAAAUGGCCGAAUCGGGGCUCAUGCACCGCAUCAGAACAGUCUGGGACGAACCGAAACCAGCCUGCGUUCGGACGCCAGACUCGAGCGUCUUCUCCGUGUCAGUGGUCGAGUUCAGUACGCCACUCCUGCUGCUGGCGUGUGGCGUCGUGCUGGCGUUGAUAGUGUUGGCUGGGGAAAUAGCCGUUUGUAGGUGGCAGAGGAAUGGUACUAAGGUGAUGGUGUUGAGGGAAGUAGCUGUUCGGAAAUGGGGGAAUGGUGGUGGUGAUGGUAGGUUGUUUAGGGAAGUAAGGGGAGUUAAGUUGAUGAGGAAAGUGCGUAGGGUUGUUGCUUUCCGACAUUAGUAGGGUCGACGACAGUUUCAAAUGAUGUAGGUAAUCUUGUAGUGUCGCUGGAGGAACACAU